CCAGAGCGCGCUGGACGCGGGUCCUCCACGGCGAUCCCAGGCGCAGGUCGCGGUCCCGCCAGCGGAUGGCAGGCCGCGGUGGGGCCCAGGCGGAGUACGGAGAAGAGGGCGAAGAGGAGGAGGAGGAGGAAGAGGAGGAGGCUCGGGAAGCUGGCGCUGAGGGCCCGUCGGGGUCCAAGCUGCCCCCCAUCGUGGGCACCGUUUCAGAGCUGGCCAAAUGGAAGGUGAAGAAGAAAAAGAAGAAGAAGACCAAGGGGUCGGGCAACGGCCACGAUAAGCAUCACAGUCGAAGUCGGAAGAGUCAGCAGCUUUCUUCAUCUUUCCAUGACAUCUUAAAUCACCACAAAGACCGUGGCCGGAGAGCAGAGCCCAGAUAUGACAAAGAGGAAAACAGGAACACCCUUCCUUAUUCAACCAGCAAGAGUCACCCCUACUUUGCCGAAAUAGAAGAGAACCUUUCGAAACAGAUCAACGAGAGCCUGCGUUGGGAUGGGGUUCUCACCGACCCAGAGGCAGAAAAAGAAAGGAUUCGCAUCUACAAGCUGAACCGGAGGAAGCGGUACCGGCUCCUGGCACUCAAGGGCUUCCACCCUGACUCGGCUGAGAAGAGCCCCGAGAACCUGCCCUACCUUUCAGACAAAGACUGUGGCCCCAGCAAGCAGCCCAGCUCCAAGGGCCACCACACGCUUCACUUCUUUGAGGACGCAAAACUCCUGCACCCGGAAUUAGCCAGCAGUGUAGCAGACUGACAUCUGCACGCCUCAUCCUUGACACACGUUUAUGUGUUUAAAAAGAGUCACAAUAAAAGGAAAUCAGACCAGUACCCGAAGAAGAACGAUGCUUGUCAGGUGGGGGAGGCCAGCCUCUCCUUCACCAAGAUGCCCCCAGGAGCCCAGAACCACCUUCCUUAAGAAAGGCAGCCCAUGGAAUCCGAGAGACCCCUCAGCGGUUAAGAGUUCUGGUUGUUCCUCCAGAGGACCCAGUUUUGAUUCCCAGC